AAAACUCCAGGAAAAGGGACGCACGGUGUAACGGGACAAGGAUACAUUUCGGCUUCAAAAGGAAACUUUGUAUGGACAUGAGGAUAUUUUGGGAUAAUUUCCUAUUUCUUAUAGAAAACCCGGACUUUUAAGGGCAGAAGACGUUAAUAGCUAUAGGGUAUUUUCAACUAGUUUGUUCCCUUUUAAUUAAACAUGACUGAAAUUGCAGUUUGACGAAUGAAAAUGCGCAUCGACCACACAGCUGUCCACUGAGGAGAGGAGGUGCUCGGAGAAGCCCGCCAAUGUUCACCUUCUGUCGGCACUUCAAAGCAAGUUGUUAAAAAAGAAAAUAAAAUAAAAGAAUAAUUUCCCACGCGCUUCAGUGAGAGAAAGGGAGUAUCACCAUGGCAGAGCACGAGAGCCUGGAGUUUGGAAAAGCAGAUUUUGUGCUUUUGGACAACGUGUCUAUGGAAGAAUUCAUGUCUAACCUAAAACUCAGGUUUGAGAAGGGGAGGAUCUACAGCUACAUCGGAGAGGUGGUGGUGUCUGUCAACCCUUACCGUGCCAUGAACAUCUACGGCCGCGACACCAUAGAGCAGUACAAGGGCCGCGAGCUGUACGAGAGGCCGCCCCACCUCUUUGCCAUCGCUGACGCUGCUUACAAAGCCAUGAAGAGGAGGAACAAAGACACUUGUAUUGUCAUCUCAGGGGAAAGUGGAGCGGGAAAGACAGAGGCCAGCAAGUAUAUAAUGCAAUACAUUGCUGCUAUCACCAAUCCCAAUCAGAGGGCUGAAGUUGAAAGGGUAAAAAACAUGCUGCUUAAAUCCAACUGUGUCUUGGAGGCCUUCGGGAACGCCAAGACCAACCGCAACGACAACUCCAGCCGCUUUGGCAAGUACAUGGACAUCAAUUUUGACUUCAAGGGAGAUCCCAUCGGAGGCCACAUCAACAACUACCUGCUGGAAAAGUCCAGGGUCAUUUUCCAACAGCCAGGAGAGAGGAGCUUUCAUUCAUACUACCAGCUGCUCAAAGGAGCUCCAGAUUCCCUGUUACGCUCUCUUCACAUCCAGAGGGACCCGACAGCCUACAACUACAUCAAAGUUGGAGGCCAAAUUAAGUCUGGCAUCAAUGAUGGGGCUGAUUUCAAAGCUGUAGCUGAUGCCAUGAAAGUGAUCGGUUUCACGGGGGAUGAGAUUCAGACUGUUUACAAGAUCCUGGCCACCAUCCUACAUCUGGGCAACCUGACAUUCGGGGUAGAUGGUGAUGUGACCUUGAUAGAGAACACAAAGCUGGUGUCUGUGAUCAGGGAGCUGCUGUCCACCAAAGAAGAAAACGUGGAGAAGGCCCUGCUCUACCGCACUGUGGCCACGGGUCGAGACGUCAUCGAAAAACAGCAUACGAUGCAAGAGGCCAGCUAUGGGCGGGACGCUCUAGCCAAGGCCAUGUAUGAGCGUCUGUUCUGCUGGAUUGUGGGACGCAUCAAUGACAUCAUUGAGGUGAAAAACUACGAUGCCAGAGUCCACGGGAAGAACACAGUCAUCGGCGUGCUGGACAUCUAUGGUUUUGAGAUUUUCCAGAACAACAGCUUUGAACAGUUCUGCAUCAACUACUGUAAUGAAAAGCUGCAGCAGCUCUUCAUCCAGCUGGUGCUGAAGCAGGAACAGGAAGAGUAUCAACGGGAAGGCAUCCCCUGGAAACAUAUCGAUUACUUCAAUAACCAGAUCAUUGUGGAUCUGGUGGAGCAGCAGCAUAAAGGCAUCUUCUCUGUGCUGGAUGAAGCCUGUAUGAAUGUGGGCAAAGUCACGGAUGAGGUUUUCCUCCAAGGACUCAAUGGCAAGCUGGCCAAACACGCCCACUACACCAGCCGCAAGCUCUCGCCGACUGACAAGAGUUUGGAGUUUGACAGAGACUUUCGCAUCAGGCACUAUGCAGGAGAUGUGGUGUACUCAGUGGUGGGUUUUAUUGAUAAGAACAAAGACACACUGUUCCAGGAUUUCAAGAGACUGCUGUACAACAGUUCUAACCCAGUACUGAAGGGGAUGUGGCCUGAGGGCAAACUGAGCAUCACGGAGGUCACCAAACGACCACUGACAGCUGCAACACUCUUCAAAAACUCCAUGAUCUCGUUGGUGGAGAACCUGGCCUGCAAGGAACCCUACUACGUUCGCUGCAUCAAGCCCAACGAUGUCAAGUCCCCUCUACUCUUCGAGCAGGAGCGCUGUCGCCAUCAGGUGGAAUACCUCGGGCUGCUGGAGAACGUCAGAGUGCGACGUGCCGGCUUCGCCUACAGACAGACAUACCCUCGCUUCCUACAGAGAUACAAGAUGAUCUCAGAGUUUACGUGGCCAAACCAUGACUUGCCAUCAGACAAAGAUGCAGUGAAGAGGCUCCUGCAGGGGUGUGGAUUUGACCACGACGUGGCCUACGGCAAAACCAAGGUCUUCAUCCGCACACCACGCACCCUCUUCAGCCUGGAGGAGCAGCGAGCCGAGAUGGUCCAGAGAAUUGUGCUCUUCCUCCAGAAGGUGUGGAGGGGCACCAUAGCCAGAAUGCGAUACCGGCGGAUGAGAGCAGCACUUGUCAUCCUGCAGGCCUACCGACGCUACAAGGUCAAGUCCUACAUCCGAGAGGUCAACCGCCGCUUCAAAAAUGUCCGAUCAAUGAAGGAUUACGGCAGGCAUGUGAAGUGGCCCACGCCCCCCAAAGUCCUGCGCAAGUUUGAAGAUGCACUCAGAAGCAUCUAUAACAGGUGGUGGGCUUGGACACUGAUCAAAGGCCUCUCUCCAGAGGAGGCCCUGCAGGUGAGGGCCAAGGUAGCCAGCCUGGAGGCCCUGAAGGGCCAGAGGGCCGACUUGGGUCUACAGAGGGCCUGGGAAGGAAACUACCUGAGGCGAGACAGCCCUGACACAGCUUCAUCCUUCACACUGGUCUCCAGCGAACUGCAGCGGAAAGACAAAUUCAUGAGAGUCCUGUUCUCAUGCAACGUGCGAAAGAUCAACCGUUUCCACAAGGCGGAGGACCGGGCUGUGCUCAUCACUGACCGCCACCUGUACAAGAUGGACCCCCUGAAGCAGUAUAAACCCAUGAAGAGCACCCCCCUCUACAACGUGACCGGAGUGAGCGUGUCCCCUGGGAAGGACCAGCUGGUUGUGUUCCACACCAAGGACAGCAGGGAUCUCGUGGUGUGCCUGCAGGGCAUGGUGCCUGCCAAUGAGAACCGCAUCGGGGAGCUGGUUGGCACCUUACUUAGCCACUUCAAGAGUGAGAAGAGGAAGCUGCAGGUCAACAUCGCGAGCCCCAUCCAGUGCAGCAUGAACGGGAGGAAGUGCACGGUCAUCGUGGAGCCCAAGAUCAACCAAUCGCAGCCAGACUUCACUAAGAGCCGAUCUGGCUACAUCCUGGCUGUUCCUGGCAACUAAACCAGGCUAAAGCGAGGAAAAAAACAGUGACAGCUGACAUCAAACCAGGCCGAGGAGAUGAUGAUGAUGAUGAUGAUGAUGAUGAUGAUGAUGAUGAUGAUUCACUUCUGAUUCACCUCUUGUGUUUAUUCGUUUGCAGAGCUGCUGAUAAUGUGAUGAUUUAGAUAGCAGCUCUCUAGGAGGAUCGGGUUAAUUGAAUCCUCAGAAUGAAAAGCCAUGCCAAAUUUGACCUGUUUUGUAGAUUUCCAUGCAACGCUACUAUAAACAGGAAGUGUACAAUACGCCUACACGCGACAUGUUAUUAGCUGAACAGGUUUUUAAAAAAAAUGCACUACAGGAUAAUCCACCAAAGGGGUGUUCUUUCUUUUUUUUUUUUAAAUCCAAAUUUCAAAUGAUUAGCUUUGUGCAAUAUUUAGUUUUUUUGUAGAUGAAAUAUUGUGGUAGUCAAGGUGAGAGGAGACUAUAUAAACUGUUCUCUGAACCACUGAUGUUGCAUAAUUGAGGAAAAAAUAAUCCCUGCAGCUCCCUGUGCAGGAGCCAGAUCAAAAGUGAAACCCGGAAAAAUGAAGUACGGUGAUAUUUAUGUAUGACUCUGAUUUUGACUUUAUCUGCUCUAAAAUAGAAUAUGAUUUAUAUCCUAAGGAAUAAUACUGUUAAUGACCUUAAUCGAGGACUUGCCUACUUAUGUGGCGAAUGAACGGAAACACAGCGUCCACUUUUAGUGCAGUUAAUGUUUACAAUCACAUAUGGGAACAGCGAGUGCGAGAAUGUGAUUCAGCGGUUCUGUCGGCGUCUGAGGCACAAAUUCCUAAUUCAUUGUCAGUUUGUUCGUCACAGGAUGUGUUGAGCGUAUCCUGAACAUCGCAACCUGUUAAAAUCUAUUAAUUUAAAUCCUGCUUCUUAUACUCUCUACUGCAAUGUUUGUACUUUUAUAAUAUUCCAAUAUUGCUUGUAUAUUAAAGGUUAGAAUAUACUUUAUUCAGAUAUGCGUAUGCAUAGAACUUAUACUGCGUUUAGUAUAAAAAAGUGAUGCUAUAACUAAAACUGACUAACAGAAGGCAAAUAUGAAGACUAUAAUCAAAGCAUUACUUUCUUCCAAGAUGUAUUCUGAGUUCAUAUUCUCUUAAAUUGUAAGACUUAAUGCUCUAUUUUAGCAGCAGAGGCCAGUACUGUAUAAUCCCACGUGAACUCCAGCCCCUGAACAUAGUCUCAUUUGCUGUCUUUGUGCUGAGUGAAUAGCCUAAUGACUUGUAGUGGCCCAUAGUCCUUUAGAAUAGACUUCUAUUUGACAAAUUUCCCCUUCACCCGAGAGAAAGAGAGUGUGGGAGCGUGUGUACUGUAUGUGUGUUGAUGAGCUCUUUCAGGUCUCCUCCUCUUGGCUCUGAGACUGAGUCUGGCUAGUGGCCACAGUGAAGGAGUGAAGACAGACUGUAAUCAGACUGCUGGCCUACUUUACCUCCCCGUCUACCGAUGGGAGGGACUUUUUGUAUGAACAGUGGACUUUUUGGUGACUUGAUGUUCAUCUGAUGCUGCUGCUAAUCUCCCAUUGCUUUUUCCUCAAAGCCAAAUCACACAAAUCAAAUCAUCGGCAGCCGAACACUCCGAGUUUGGUUUGUUCUGUUCUGUUCUCACAAGCUGUCGGCUGUGUUGAAAGUGUUCACUCUUUGUUUUCAGCCGUUGCUAAGUGUACAUUACAAUAUGUUCUUUUUCAGACCAUUGUGAAAAUUGUGGCAGCAGAGAAGUUCACGAGAUGGAGAUGUCUGGUUUUAUGUUUAAUAUUAAUAUUCAUUCACGGUUUGCAGUUGGUAAACAGUGCACAUUUGCACGCCAGAGUUCACCAAAGUCAAACUCAACUCACCUCCACGAGCUGAUUUCGAUUUUAUCAUCAUUCCAGGUUUAGUUAGGUGAAAAAAAGUGAGAUUGGUUUCUCAACUGCUGUUUACCAGCUCAAGAAUGAACUCUAAAGGUCAGCUCUAAAAGCCAAAGUGGAAAAGAAGUCCUUAGUGCUCAGAAAGAAAAUUGUUUUAUCAUUCAAAUGUCCAUGCAUAGGACAUAAUCAUUGUUGAAUUUGAAAGGAACUGAUAUAAAGAUAGAUGUUUUUGUUCACUAAAUGCUAAAAUGUCAGUUGAGCUAUUCCAACUUUUUUGCUCCAUAUUAAGGUUGUCAUGGUGCCGUGACGGUAAAUGUCACAAAUUCUUUUUACAAGAGGAAUCGUAUCGUCCCUGUACCCACAGAGGCUUAGAGCUGGGUUUGUCUCUGUGUAAAGGCUAAGUAAAGAAUACCGACUGUGGGCUGAAGAACGACAGCCCAAGGUUAUGAAUCGGAGCUCCCUCGGUGUCUGGCCUAGUUGAAGAGGCAGAGGCACUCCUCUCCACUUUACUCCAGCAUGAAGGAGAACUUGCUAGCAGUCAUAUUAGCCGCAGUAGCACAGUCCUCUAAUUGUGUUGUCUGAACACAAGUCGUUUAUCUUAAUUAGUUUGUGAGCGCCCCUGUCGUUUGAAGAAGCACAUUUCCUUUCUACCUCGCGGCUCUGCGGCGGCUGACCUCGUCCUGCUGCUUGAUAACGCACUUUGAUGCAGAAAGGAGUUGUUGGGGAAACUUGCAUUUAUAGUGUGGAUUAAGGAAGUGACACUGGUAGCUUUAAUAGACAGUUUUAAAAGGAGCUCAGGCGCAGGAGCUGCCUGUGAUGAGUUUAUGUGUGUGUGUGUGUGUGUGUGUGUGGACUAUAACACUGCAGCUCUCCAUAUCCUUCAGCAUGGUAAUCUCCCACAGGGCCUCUGCUCCGCUCUGCUCUGCUAUUCACCGCUCAUCAUUAGGAUGGACUCCGUGUCACUUCUCACUUCAGCGCUUCUCUCUCCGUUUUCUUAAGGCAAAAGGGGGGGUUGCUGAACAAAGCCUCGCUUGGCCUCAUCUUCUUCUCUACUCCCUCUGCUUUCUUCUUCCACCCUCCCUCCUUUUACGCUUUUCCUUCCUCUGUGAAAUCACCUCGCUCCUCGCCCACUUGGGCCGACUGUACCGUCCUGCAGGGCAGUGAAGGUUUUCCUAUUUCAGUUUUUUGUUUUUUUUUUCCUUCAGCCGUCCUGUGCCCAGGAGGCAUGGAAAUAAAAAGGGGAAAUACACCAGCAACUAGACGUGUCGAACAAUAGAGUAUCAUGCAGCAACAAAAACUUUAAAAAAGGAGAAAGAGCUUUUAACCUGAAAUGUAAAUACUGUGGAUCCAAACAUUACUCAUUAGUAGGAUCAUUGUUGGUUUUGGUCUUUUCAUAGUAUUUGUUGACAGUAACAAAGCUAUGGAAUAUCACCAGAUUUAUCCUUUAAUGAUUAGUCUUUGGUGUGCAGACCCAAUCAGCCUAGAUUACUUUUCCAUUCCGCUGAUUAUCAGCUUUGCCUCAAGUGUAAAAAUAACAGACAUUUUCUAAUUACCACUUUCUAAAUGGGCAUAAAGGAAUGUCAGAUAUGAAUGUUAACACUAGGAGACUCGUGCCAUUGUGUUCUUCCCUCUACUGCUCUCUACAGUGGGAUCUUAGUUUUCAGUGUUUUUGUUCCAGAAACAUUUUGACUCUUAUUACCGAGCACGUCCGCAUUAGCCAAAGGGUAACAAAUUCCAUUUCCAUAAUUUAUUCCAUAUUCAGUGGCUUUAAGCAAAUGUAUACACCAUUCAUCCAGUAUGUGCCUAAUUUUAUAUUAAGUUUAUAUUUUGCAUAUUUGUGAUUACAGACCAUAAAUAUACUGUAAUAUCCUGAGCUAAAGGGAACUUCCCUGUUGUGAUACUAUGUUUGUGCAAAUGUAUUCUGUAUAAAUGCAGACUAGGCAUUCCACCAUGUUCCAUAAUGAAAGAUAUAUGUCAUUAAUCACUUUAUCAAUAAAUUUAUUU